AUGUCAAGCUCCUCAAAGCACGCGGGCUCCAGACGACCAACUGGAGUCAGUAAGAGAUCGGUGAAGACACGGCGACAAGCCAACCAAGAGGCAGAGUCCUUGAAACACCGGAUGAACAAUUUGGAAGCUGAAUCUCAAGAGAACAAGCGCACGAAGGCGGACCUGGAAAAGCAGCUUGAGCAGGUCCAGGAACGAACCCAGGACACAAACGGUAUAGAUCAUGAUCAGAACGAAAGUAAACUAAAAGAUUUGUUGAAUCAGCUCAAUGGAGUAGAACAAAGAGGCGAAGCCCUUUCUGCUCAGAUAGAAGAGACGCGCCGAGAACAAGAUGGCUCGGAGAUGGAGACAGAUGAGGUGGAUAGGGAAGCUCCAAACUUUGCACAAACCCGGGACGAAAGCCUUCCUCCAAACGAGGGCGACACGGUUGUCAAGACAGAAAAUGUUGACAAUCGGCAAGCAUCUCGAAGCGGUGGCGGGACAAAACCCCGGCCAAUACAAACGGGAAACGCGCCAAUCCAGUCGGCUGAGCAAAAGAGUCCAGCACGUCAAGGCUCUACACUACAAAUCGAUGACGACAGCGAUGAAGAUGUGUUGAUAGGUAUGCAAUCGUUGUCCGUAUCCGAGGGUGGUAUUGCGGACGCGUGGUUCCGAGUACGACAAACAACAAAAGCGAUUGUGCGCUUUGGGCCGAAGAGGUAUCCCAGGUACGAGGUUCGACCAGGGAAAGGGUACAGUACUGCGAACCUUCAAGAGGUGUCAGACGCCGAGACGCGGAUCGCAUGUAUUACGACAAAAGAUGAAACCGGGAGGAAACGACGACUCUACGGCAUAGACAAUAUUGCAGGAUUCGACGGAGUGGCUAUUGUGGGAAAUGGCGUGAUCAAUUCGACCUCAAGGGCACCAACCACAUACGUCAAGAUAAAAUGGGUUGGCAUCAAGGAGCAGCAUGCAAACCUAUGCAGGAACGGGAAGAACUGGGCCACGAGGACGGACCUUGUCUCUAUCAUUGGGAAAGAAUUAGCGGACGAGAAGAUCAGACAGCUCUGGGAUACCCAGGAGAAACGGUACGCCGAGUGGGAUAACGACCAAAUGGGACAGCGAUCUUUGGACCGCUCCCCAACCCCCUUUCCCCUUGACGUAUAUCAGAAUGUUCGCAGGACCUCAGGAAAUGUUCCACCAGAGGCCCACCGGAGCCCAGCGGUUAAGCGUGAAGAAGGGCCUUUGUCAAUGGCAGGCCCAUACCACCAGGACAGCACUCCAAUGGUCUCCGGAGGCCAAGCAUUUUACGACUCCUCUCCAACGUCCAAAGGCCCCCAGAACCUCGAGCCUACGGAGGCUAGCAGUAGCGCUGCUCAGGACCACGGGCGAGACAACGCUGGUAAUUCAAACACUGACCAGCAGAAGCCCAAAACCUUCAGCCAACAACAGUAUGUGGAGAACAUGAAGUUGGACAUAGAUCUAGAUGAAGAGCUCAGAAAAACAGACCUGGGAUCAUACAUGAAACAAAUGGCUUUGAUCAGGGCCAACUUCGAUGUGUAUCGGGAUGCAAUGAAUACGCAUGGCUAUGUAGAAGUGCAUUGA